UCUGGGAGGACUGGGACUGGGAGGACUCAGAGGACUGGACGGACCGGACCCGGGACCAGGAGGACAUGGAGGGACAGGACGGCAGCAGCAAGACCCGAUCCCGGACGCAGGGCAGCCUGACGGAGGGCAAGAAGACCAAGAAGAUCCCGGACCGGGUGACUCUGAAGAAGGAGAUCGGACUGCUGAGCGCGUGCACCAUCAUCAUAGGGAACAUCAUCGGCUCGGGGAUCUUCAUCUCUCCAAAGGGGGUCCUGGAGCACUCGGGCUCGGUGGGUCUGGCGUUGGUGGUCUGGGUUCUGGGAGGCUGCAUCGCUGCGUUGGGCUCGCUCUGCUACGCUGAGCUGGGCGUCACCAUCCCCAAAUCUGGAGGAGAUUACUCGUACGUCACGGAGAUAUUCGGGGGUCUGAUGGGGUUCCUCCUGUUAUGGAGCGCCGUCCUCAUCAUGUACCCGACCACGCUGGCCGUCAUCGCCCUCACCUUCUCCAGCUACGUCCUGCAGCCCGUCUUCCCAAACUGUGUCCCUCCCUACAUGGCCACGCGGAUGCUGUCUGCCACCUGUCUCUUGCUGCUGACGUGGGUGAACUGCUCCAGCGUUCGUAUGGCGACCAGGAUCCAGGACGUCUUCACGGUGGGGAAGCUGAUGGCUCUGGGACUCAUUAUCGUGGUGGGCCUGGUCCAGAUCUGCAACGGGAACUACGAGGCUCUGACCCCUCAGGUGGCGUUCUCCAUGGAGAGGACGCCGUCGGUCGGGCAGAUCGCCCUGGCCUUCCUGCAGGCGUCGUUUGCCUUCAGCGGCUGGAACUUCCUCAACUACGUCACAGAGGAGGUGGUGGAGCCCAGACGGAAUCUCCCUCGUGCCAUCUACAUCUCCAUACCAUUGGUGACCUUUGUGUACACGCUCACCAACAUCGCCUACUUCUCCUCCAUGUCACCCGACGAGCUGCUGUCAUCCAAUGCCGUGGCUGUAACGUUUGGAGAGAAGCUGCUCGGGAUGUUCUCCGUCAUCAUGCCGAUCUCCGUCGCCCUGUCCACAUUCGGAGGGAUCAACGGCUACCUGUUCACCUCCUCCAGGUUGUGUUUCUCUGGAGCCAGAGAGGGUCACCUGCCCAGCCUGCUGGCCAUGAUCCACUACAAGAACUGCACACCGAUCCCGGCCCUGCUGGUCUGCUGUGCUGCCACCAUCGUUAUCCUCUGCAUCGGAGAGACUCACAACCUGAUCAACUACGUGUCCUUCAUCAACUACCUGUCCUACGGCGUCACCAUCGCCGGCCUGCUGUACUACCGCUGGAAGAAACCCAACCUGUACCGACCCAUCAAGGUGAACCUCCUGGUACCUGUCUGUUACCUGAUGUUCUGGGCGCUGCUGCUGGGUUUCAGUCUUUACUCAGAGCCGGUGGUUUGUGGCGUCGGUUUGGUCAUCAUGCUCACCGGCGUGCCCGUCUACUUCCUGGGCGUCCACUGGAAAGAAAAACCAAAGUGCAUCUACAACUUCAUCGAGAGGGCCACGUACGUGGGUCAGAGGUUGUGUUUCGUGGUCUUCCCUCAGUUCGACCCCAUCGAGAUCGCCAGUCCUUCAGAGUGGACUGACCGUUCAUCAGGCAGGGGCAGUUUGUCUGCCAAUUCUUAAAACUCUCUGAAUACAUGAAGAUCUUUGUUUUUACUCCGUCACUGUAAGUCCAGACACUUGUCCCAGGUACAGGAGCCUCCUGUCUGACCUUUGACCCUCUGAGACUCUGCUUUCCCUUCAGUCGAGUGGAAACACCUUUUUUCUUUUCUACUAAGCACAACAAGCUAAUGCCAACAGUGUCCCGCUGUGAAAGAGACUUCUGUUCCCGUUUUGGACCCUGUGUUCUCAGACCAUGAUGAUUAUUUCCUCUGAAUGUUGUUGGUCUUUUAUCGUGCCUUAAGGCCGUUCACACCAAGUUUAAACUAACCGUAGUCAGGAUUCUUAAACCAGUAACACGCAGACCUGAGACCUGAGGAGGGUUGAGUGUUUAGUCUUUAAAAGAAAAGGUAUUUAUAUGUAAAUGUCAGACUUGGUGUGAAACGGCCUUCACUGGAUAAAGUGUAUAUUCAUAUAUUGUUCAUUAACUGAUUGACUUUAUUAGAUUUUAAUAUAUUUUUGAGAGUGCCUUUCACUUUGUGUAUCGCAUUUGAUUGUUUGAGAAGCACUUUGGUCUUCCAUUCACCGUCUGUUUCACUGCCAACCUGUGUGAACUCUGUCAGUCCAAGACCCCGGAUCCAAAACACACAGGACGCUGUUCACAGUGUUGAUAAAGACCGAAUGUGAUGGUGUGCAAAUCAGCUAACUGAAAUCAGUCAGGUUAGUCACAUGACCGGGUUUAAAGAGGAGUCUCCAGAGAGGCUGAGUCCCUCAGAGGGAAAGAUGGGAAGAGGUUCACAACCCUGUGAGAGACUGCGUGAGCAAAGAGUUCAACAGACCAAGACUGGAUCGACCCGAUCUCCAGACUCUCAGGCAGCACCGCAUUAAACACAGACAUGACUCUGUAGUGGAAGUCACUGCAUUAAACACAGACAUGACUCUGUAGUGGAAGUCACUGCAUUAAACACAGACAUGACUCUGUAGUGGAUGUCACCGCAUUAAACACAGACAUGACUCUGUAGUGGAAGUCACUGCAUUAAACACAGACAUGACUCUGUAGUGGAAGUCACCGCAUUAAACACAGACAUGACUCUGUAGUGGAAGUCACUGCAUUAAACACAGACAUGACUCUGUAGUGGAAGUCACUGCAUUAAAAACAGACAUGACUCUGUAGUGGAAGUCACUGCAUUAAACACAGACAUGACUCUGUAGUGGAAGUCACCGCAUUAAACACAGACAUGACUCUGUAGUGGAAGUCACCGCAUUAAACACAGACAUGACUCUGUAGUGGAAGUCACCGCAUUAAACACAGACAUGACUCUGUAGUGGAAGUCACUGCAUUAAAAACAGACAUGACUCUGUAGUGGAAGUCACCGCAUUAAACACAGACAUGACUCUGUAGUGGAAGUCACCGCAUUAAACACAGACAUGACUCUGUAGUGGAAGUCACUGCAUUAAGAACAGACAUGACUCUGUAGUGGAAGUCACUGCAUUAAAGACAGACAUGACUCUGUAGUGGAAGUCACUGCAUUAAACACAGACAUGACUCUGUAGUGGAAGUCACUGCAUUAAGAACAGACAUGACUCUGUAGUGGAAGUCACUGCAUUAAAGACAGACAUGACUCUGUAGUGGAAGUCACUGCAUUAAAAACAGACAUGACUCUGUAGUAGAAGUCAUCGCAUUAAACACAGACAUGACUCUGUAGUGGAAGUCACUGCAUCCAAACAUCAUAUCAAAACUGAACUAUGCAAAGAGGAAACCAUAUAUAAACCUGAUCCAGAACCACAGAGACUUCUCUGGACCUGAGCCCGUUUUAGAUGGACUGAG